AAAACAGCUGAUUGCUUUGACAGCCGAUAGAAACAUUUUUUCAUGGUUCAGUAUAUGUGAAAAUGUUUUGUUCAUUGAAAUAUUGUAUUCGGACGCUGAGUAAACCUUCAGUUUUGACUGGUGUUCGAAAUUGUUCACAAUUUACGGAACAAAAUCAUUCGAAUUUUGGUAAAAAUGGACACUUCGAUAUUAUUAUUGUUGGCGGCGGAGCGACUGGUAUUUCAUUAGCCGGUGCAAUUGCGAAAAAUCCAAAAUUAUCCGAAAAAAAAGUGUUAUUGUUAGAUGCAUCGCCGUCAUUUAAGGGAUACAACGAGAAUGUGUACAGCAAUCGAGUUUAUUCUAUAAAUCACAAUACAGUUGAGUUAAUGAAAUAUAUCGGCGCAUGGGAUACCAUCAAAUCGAUUCGAAUUCGACCCGUCAAACAAAUGCAGGUUUGGGAUGCAUGCUCUGAUGCUUUGAUCACAUUCAAUCACGACAAUUUCAUCGGUGAUGUUGCCUAUGUUGUUGAGAAUGACGUGCUCGUUCACUCAAUUUUAAAGGAAUUGCAACCAUACAAUAACAUUACCAUAAGAAAUGAUGCUAAAAUUGAUAAGGUCAUUUUGGAACAAGAUGGCUCAACAUACGGCAAAGUACAAUUGGCCAGCGGUGAAGACUUUAGCGCAGAACUAUUGGUUGGAGCUGAUGGAGCUAAUUCGAUGGUUCGAAAACAAAUGAAUGCAAAUCACUUUGCACUCAGCUACAAUCAAAUGGGUUUGAUUGCAACGGUUGAAUUGGGCGAAUGUGAUGAUAACUUCGUGGCAUGGCAACGUUUUUUACCAAAUAGUGUUAUUGCUCUUCUUCCACUUUCGGAAAAUCUUAGUUCGAUCGUAUGGAGCACCUAUGCCAAACACUUCAAACAUCUGAUGCAGUUGGACGAAGCCGAUUUUAUUGAUGCCGUUAAUAAUGCAUUCUUGCAAAAAUACGAGAAAAAUUCGGUCGUUGAAAUGGCAAUGGGUGCGGUGCGAACAAUUCUGAAUACGAAUUCAUCGGUUGUACGACAAUUACCACCACAAAUAACUGGAUUAUAUGGAAAAUCUAGGGCUGGUUUCCCACUUGGCUUCGGUCAUGCCAGCAGCUAUGUUGGUCGCGGUGUUGCUCUCAUAGGAGACGCAGCUCAUCGCAUACAUCCGUUGGCCGGUAUGGGAUUAAAUCUAGGCUUUGGUGAUGUUAAAUGUUUAACCGAAACUUUGGCCAAAGCAACAUACAAUGGAUUUGCACUAAAUGAUUUAAACCACUUGUGCGAAUAUGAACAACAACGCUUAAAAUUAAAUGUACCGAUCAUGUUAGGUGUACAUGGUUUGCAGCAGUUAUACAGCACAGAUUUGAGUCCGGUUGUAUUGGCACGCAGCAUUGGAUUACAGAUCACUCAACAGGUGCCACCUUUGAAGAAAUUCUUUAUGCAAAAAGCGAUGGGAUAAAUUCAAAUGUCGAACUGAACUGAUAUAUCUACAAUAGUAACUUGAUGUCGAAAAUAAAUGAUUUAAAAAGAAAA